AUGGCGCCAAUCCAAGGGUCUGCUCAUCACCACCGAAACACAACAAAAGUCGACCAUAAACCAUACAAAACGCGAUUCGCCUCGAAGGGUGCUCUCAAGGACAAGGCGAAAGGCAUGGAAUCUGCUCCUUCUUCAAAGAACAGGAAAACGCCUCACCAGCAAGUCAUGUCCAAACUGGCCCGACGGAAUCAAGCAAAGCAAUACCGCAUACAGAAGAAGGAAACCAGAGACCGCGAGGAGAAUAUCUUCCAAGGAGUGGACGGUGCUGCCAAACAUGUUGCCAUUGUCCCAUUGUCAGAUACUAUCGACGUUUUCUCCACCAUAGACAGUUUGAACGAGAGCGUCGAUGUUCCUGGCGCCGGGGCUUCAGGUGGUGUUGUUCAUGUCCGUGUCGAUCGAUUCCGCCGAAACCUGCUUUACCUGCCUACGAAGUUCGAUCUCUUGAAUGCAUUAGACGUGUGCAAGCUUGCUGACUGGGUUGUGUUUGUCCUUGACGCAGAACAAACAUACGGUGAAGAGGAAGACAUCUUUUUUCGAGCACUCGAAGGACAAGGCAUCACAAACGUCACAGCUGUUGUGAGGGACGUGGAAGCCAAAAUCCCUUCCGCGAAAAGGUCCCGCCACCUUACCGAUAUGAAAAUUGCACUCAGUCAUUAUUUCCCCAACCUAGACAAGAUAUCGAGCCUGGACAGCAAAGCAGAUCGCUCAAAUCUCGUCCGGAGUAUCUGCACGGCCUCUACAAAGGGAAUACGGUGGAGGGAUGACAGGAGCUGGAUGCUGAUCGAGAAUGUAUCGUGGGCCCCACAAGCUGAGGGAUCGAGUGUGAGCAAUGCAACACUUUCUGGCACAAUCCGCGGCAAGGGACUGAAUGCCGACCGGCUGGUACACGUCCCUGGAUGGGGUGACUUUCAGAUCAACAGCAUCAAGCAGCAGUCAAUUCAGGGACAAAAGCGAAAAGCUGAUGAAAUGGACCUGAAUGAGUCGGCCAAAGAAUGGAAUCCAACAGCAGACCAGGACGAUCUUGCUGAGUUGGCACCUGAACAUGCUGAUAUGCAUGAUAUUGCAAGCACAGUUGCCACAAACGAUCACAAGGGGGUUCUACUUGACGAUCAUCACUACUUCUCUGAUGACAACUCACAUAUUCCCGCGGCACCGAAGAGGCUGCCCAAAGGUACCUCUGACUAUCAGGCAGCAUGGUUUCUUGACGACGUUUCUGAUUCCGACUCUGAUAUGCUUGAUGAAGACAUUGAGGGAGACGUCUCUAUGGACACCGACGCCCUAGGUCCAGAGGACGGAGUCGUCACAAGAGCUGCCGAUGCAAUGACGGAAGUCGGUGUGUCAGAGUACCCUGAGUCUGAAAUGCAUAUCGACGCGGAUGAGGGGGAGGAAGCAAGACAGCUGGAAGAGUAUCGAGCAAACAGGAAGAAAGAGGCCGAAGAGGAUCUCGAGUUUCCCGACGAGAUCGAACUACACCCAGAUGUGUUGGCUCGGGAAAGGCUUGCAAAAUAUCGAGGACUAAAGAGCCUGAGGACCAGCGAGUGGAACCAUGCCGAAGAUCUCCCUUAUCAGCCACUUGAGUACAGUCGCCUACUCCAAAUCGCCGACUAUAAAAAGUCCUUUAGUGCUGCUCUCAAGGAAUCCUUCGGUGGCGGAGUCAUCGCAGGUACAAAGGCUGAGAUUGAACUACGGGACGUCCCUUUUUCUUUGGCAUCAACCCCUGCUCCCGCUUCGUUGUAUUCUCUCCUCCGCCAUGAACACAAACAUGCAGUCAUCAACCUGAAUUUGACCCUCAAUUCUGAUUAUGACACGCCGCUCAAAUCCAAGGACGAACUCGUGGUCCAGAUAGGUCAUAGGAGAUUGCUUAUCAACCCUAUCCUGUCGGCAGCGGGCCAGACGCCUAACGAUGUACACAAGUUCGACCGCUUCCUCCAUCCCGGCCGAACGGCCAUCGCAACCUUCACCGGUCCACUGACCUGGGGAUCCGUUCCCGUUCUUGUUUUCCGCAGGCCAGCGCCAUCCGAGGACGCCGCACCGGCGCUCAACGAUUCCAUGACCGACCAGACAGCCUCCAUCUCUCCACCUACCCUCCAACUAAUCGGCACCGCCACGACAAUCCCUCCAUCCCACCACCGCGUCGUCGCAAAGCGCAUCGUCUUAACAGGCGCCCCAUUCAAGAUCCACAAGAAACUAGUGACGGUGCGGUAUAUGUUUUUCAACCGCGAGGAUGUACAGUGGUUCGCGGCGCUGCCGCUGUGGACGAAGCGCGGCCGCCAGGGGUUCAUCAAGGAGCCGCUCGGCACGCACGGCUACUUCAAGGCCACCUUUGAUGGAAAGAUCAACCCGAUGGAUGCAAUCGGCGUCAGUCUGUACAAGCGGGUUUGGCCACGGCCGAGCAAGCCUUACGAAUUAUGA